UUGAUCACGACAUUUACAUGGAACAACCUGAGGGUUAUGUAAAAGAGGGAGAAAAGCUAGUUUGUAAGCUAGAGAAGUCAAUUUACGGCCUAAAGCAGUCAGGGCGAAAUUGGAAUACGAUGUUGCAUGAAUGCUUAACAGAUGACAAUUUUACACAGAACCCGGCAGACCACUGCGUGUACUCCAAGGAGUCUAAAGAGGGAAAAGUAAUAAUUGCUAUCCGGGUCGAUGAUCUUAUCAUCGCAGCCAGCAACACCAAGAUUUUAGAGAAAGUGAAAAACAUGCUUUCCACAAAAUUUAAAAUGAAGGAUUUAGGGAGAUUAAAUCAUUUUCUGGGCAUGGAUUUCAGUCAGUCUGACGGCUGUGUGAAAGUAUCACAAAAGAGAUACGUGGAAAAGAUACUGGAACGUUUUGACAUGCAGGAGUGUAGGGUAAGGGACACACCUUGUGACCAAAAGUUAGAUGAAGAUGCACCUAAAAUGGUGGAUGUGAAGAAAUACAGAGAGGCUGUUGGCAGCCUAAUUUAUUUGACUACCUGUACACGUCCAGACCUAUGUUUCGUGGUAAGCAAGUUAUCACAAUAUUUUGCUGAACCGACAGAUGAACAUUGGGUUACAGUAAAACACGUUUUGCGUUAUCUCAGGGGUACUGCAGACAAACAGCUUUGUUUCAGAAAGAGCAGCGAGAAACUAGGCCUACAGGCUUAUAGUGACGCUGAUUGGGCUGCAGAUAAAACGGAUAGACGCAGUAUGACAGGGUAUUGUGUGAGCACGGGUAAGGACAACUCACUAGUCUCUUGGAAAACCAAGAAACAGCCUACAGUAGCGCUUUCCACAUGUGAAGCUGAGUAUAUGGCUCUAGCUCUAACAAUACAGGAGUGUAUUUACUUGGAGCAGCUACUGGAAGGGAUAAACACAUAGGUGUACAAGAAAACAGUUGUAAACGAGGACAAUCAGGGGACAAUAGCCCUUGCUAAAAAUCCUGUGUGUAGACAAAGGUGUAAACACGUGGAUAUUAAGUACCACUUCAUUAGGUCCACCAUAAGGCAGGGAAAGAUGACACUGGUUUAUUGUCCUACAGACGAAAUGGUUGCAGAUGUGAUGACCAAGCCUGUAUCCAAACUGAAGCUGAGGAAAUUUGGAGGGAUCAUGUUUGGUGUGUAAAAUGUGUGGAAGAAGCCCACAUUUAAAUCAUUUGUACCAUGUUUUUGUUUUGUUGAUUAGAUAUGAACAGGUAAACAGUAAACACAUAAUUCAUAAGGGGAGUGUUGAGAUAUAACAUACAGACAUGUAUAGUGUAUGACUCCAUGUAUUACUGUGUACCAUAUAUUGUUUAUGUAAGUAGCUGCGACUACUAACUGUGUUCAUUGGUUAGGGCUGUACCACAUGAUUGUGAUGUCACU